AAAAGGGAUCAAUCUCCAGAAUCGAGCCCGCUGCGGUCACCAUGGCGAUGCGGGAGCUGGUGGAGGGCGAGUGCGGGGCCGCCAACCCGCUGAUGCAGCUGGCCCGACACUUCACCCACGACAAGGCCCUGCGCCAGGACGGACUGCGGCCCGCGCCCGACACGGUCGUCAAGCCUCUGGGAGCAGCCUCAGAAGAUGAACUGGUGGCUGAAUUCCUACAGGACCAAAAUGCACCCCUCGUGUCUAGAGCCCCUCAGACUUUCAAGAUGGACGACCUGUUGGCCGAGAUGCAGGAAAUGGAGCAGUGUAGUUUGCGCCAAGCCCCACAGAGAGCUCCCGGAGUGGCUGAUUUAGCCUUGUCUGAAAAUUGGGCCCAGGAGUUUCUCGCCGCUGGCGAUGCUGUGGAUGUGAGUCAAGAUUAUAACGAGUCUGACUGGUCUCAAGAAUUCACCAACGAAGGAUCAGACCCCCUGUCAGCCUCCCCUGCCCGCUGGGCCGAGGAGUACCUCCAGCAGUCGGAGGAGAAGCUGUGGCUGGGGGAGCCGGAGGGCUCGGCCGCCUCCGAUCGCUGGUAUGACGAGUACCGCCCCGAGGACGACCUGCAGACGGCGGCCAGCGAAUUCGUGGGCAAAGUGGACGACCCCAAGCUGGCCAGCUCCCAGUUCCUGAAGUUCGUGCGGCAGAUCGGCGAAGGCCAGGUGGCCCUGGAGUCGGUGGCGGGGUCCGGCCGCGUGCAGGCCGAGCAGUGGGCGGCCGAGUUUAUGCAGCAGCAGGCCACCUCUGACGCGUGGGUCGACCAGUUCACCAGGCCAGCGAAGGCCGCAGCAACUCUAGACAAGGAGUUUGAGCAAGCCAAGUCAGCCAUAGAGUCGGAUGUGGAUUUCUGGGACAAGCUGCAGGCCGAGCUUGAGGAGAUGAGCAAGCGCGAGGCCGAGUCCCACCCCUGGCUCACAGACUACGACGACCUCACGGCCGCGUCCUAUGACAAGGUAGGAGCGCCAUUUCCUCCCUGA